CGCUAUUAAUUGGUUAGCAGUAGGUAGCUAGCGCUUCGUUUCCACCAUAGUUUAUAUGCGGCAACAGAAGUAUUUUGAACUGUCCAGAGGGGGGAUAUUGGAUUGGAAUUUUCUCAGAAGCGUAGAUGAAAAUGUUAACGUUUUUUACGGUAUAAAGACGUAUAACUUUAGUGCAAGCUAAAGGCUUAUAUUGGAUAUGUGACGUUCAUGUUAUAGUUUCUAUUUAACCUAGCUAACGUUAGCAGCAAGCCUAGGACAGUGCACUGUAUGUAUCAGCUCAUGCUAAAUGUAAACUUUUAGUUGUGUAGCUAACGUAAAAUUACCAAAAAAAACUACCAUAGAAUACGCAAUGUGUAUGAGACAUUAAUAAACUAAGAACAUGUCAGUGAAAGCCUUAUGCAAACUUUAAUGGAACUUUUAAGCAUCCAUUGAUAGCUGAACGAUCUCAACGUUAAGCUGGACAGUCGCAUGCAUGUCUGUGUUUAAUUUAUGAUAAGGUAACGUAUACCAAAUUGACUAAUCUGCUGUCUACACCAUAGACCGAAUGGCAUGACUGCGAACUUAAUUUUUUAGUAAUUAACGCAUUUUAAAAACUAAAAAGUUAAGUUUAUUAGCUAUUGGCGAUGGCAAGUGCCUUGGCAGCGAAAAUGGGAUUUACCUCACUAUUGAGAAAACAAGCCAGGAACUUCAACGUCAGGAUCUGCACAAUGGAGUCAGACAUGGAGUUCAACUGCGAGGCCAAGUGGAAAGGAAAAGACCUUUUUGACUUUGUGUGCCGGACUCUGGGACUGAGGGAGACAUGGUUUUUUGGGCUCCAGUAUAACAUCAAGGACACAGUUGCUUGGCUGAAAAUGGAAAAGAAGGUUCUGGAUCAGGAGGUACCAAAGGAGGAACCAAUCACCCUUUACUUUCUGGCCAAGUUUUAUCCUGAAAAUGCUGAGGAGGAGCUAGUGCAAGAUAUCACACAACAUCUUUUCUUCCUACAGGUGAAGAAGAAGAUCCUCGAGGAGGAGAUUCACUGUCCACCUGAGGCCUCUGUGCUGCUGGCCUCCUACGCCGUCCAUGCCAAGUACGAAGACUACGACCCCAGUGUUCACAAACCUGGCUUCUUGGCUAAGGAGGAACUGCUUCCAAAGAGGGUUAUUAACUUGUACCAGAUGACUGCAGAAAUGUGGGAGGAGAGGAUCACAGCCUGUUAUGCAGAGCACAGGGGCAAGACGAGGGAUGAAGCUGAGAUGGAGUAUUUAAAAAUAGCUCAGGACCUGGACAUGUAUGGCAUCAAUUUCUUUUUAAUCAGGAAUAAAAAGGGAACAGAUCUUCUUCUGGGUGUGGAUGCCCUGGGUCUGCACAUCUACGAGCCGGACAACAGGCUGACACCCAAGUGCUCCUUCCCUUGGAAUGAGAUCCGCAACAUCUCCUACAGCGACAAGGAGUUUACCAUUCAACCUGUGGACAAAAAAACCAGUGUUUUCAAGUUCAACUCUUCACGGCUAAGAGUCAACAAGUUGAUCCUCCAGUUGUGUAUAGGGAACCAUGACCUGUUUGUGCGCCGGCGGCGGGUGAACUCACUUGAAGUACAGCAGAUGAAGUCUCAGGCCAGAGAGGAGAGGGCCAGGAAACAGGUAGAGAGGCAGCGUCUGCAGAAGGAGAAGAAGCUGCGGGAGGAGGCAGAGAGAGCCAGGGACGAGCUGAAAAGGAGGCUGAUUCAGCUGCAGGACGAGGCUCACAUGGCCAACGAUGCACUGCUGCGUACGGAGCAGACGGCAGACCUGCUAGCUGAAAAGGCCCAGAUCGCGGAGGAGGAGGCUAAGCUGCUGGCCCAGAAAGCUGCCGAGGCCGAGACAGAGAUGCAACGCAUGAAAGCGACUGCCAUCCGUGGCCAGGAGGAGCGGCGGCUCAUGGAGCAGAAGAUGCUGGAGGCAGAGAUGCUGGCACUCAAGAUGGCCGAGGAAUCGGAAAGGAGGGCCAAGGAGGCUGAGCUGCUGAAAUUGGACCUGCAGGAAGCCAGGGAGUCAGAGCGCAGGGCAAAGCACAAACUGCUGGAGAUUACCAGCAGGGCUGUCUACGCGUCUCCUGGACUGCCAUCUGACAGCAUGCCUCCAGACCUGAGCUUCAGCAAGGAGAACCUCAGCUUUGAAUUUAAAGAUACCGACAUGAAACGCCUCUCCAUGGAGAUCGAGAAGGAGAAAGUCGAGUACAUGGAGAAGAGCAAGCACCUGCAGGAGCAGCUGAAUGAGCUGAAGACUGAGAUUGAAAGUCUGAAGAUGAAAGAGAGGGAAACUCCUCUGGAUGUCAUUCACAACCAGAACACUGAGCAGGGGACCAGCAAGCACAGCAACUUUAAAAAGUUAACACUACAGAGCACCAAGUCCAGGGUUGCCUUCUUUGAGGAACUUUAAACUACACACCUGUAAAAGUGGGGAUGCACAACUGCCAAGUGCCUCAUGAUUCUACAUUCCUACGUCAGUUUAAAUGAUGGCCACACUACAAGACCUUAUGCUCAAUUUCCUGGGAAAGCACUAUGAAACAAAAAAAUGACCACUGCCUUGAUCUGCAGCAGCUCCAGGGGCCUCAUGUGUACGCACAAACAGGGAUGCAUGCAUAAUGUCCCUGCACUAAAUCUGUGAUUCAUAAAAAAUGGAGUGUGUGUUUACCGUAAGUGUGUGUGCAAUACAGCACAUCUUUCAUGAAUAUUUCGUAGUGAACUUGGGUGUGGGUUGUCAAAGAACAAAGGUGUGAAGAAAUAAAAAAAGGUCUUUGCUGCUCCGGUUUUGCUGUGGCUCUAAUGAGACCCUACUUGUGAAGUUUAGAAUAGUUAUUAUAUCAUGUCCAAAUGGGGUGACCUACAUUUUUUGACUGCCUAACUUUUUUUAAAUUCAAAUGGAAAUAAACCACUAAGGGAUACAUUUGAACAAGAGAAGGAAUUGAUUAUAUGGCUGAUAUGUUGUCCUUACCCUGACUCAAAUAUUUGAUAUUUAGUAGUUAUACAGUAGGCAGCCUAUUUGAUUCAUAAUGCCAACAAAUUCUUCCAUAUAAUACCGUAUUUUCUUUCUUUAUUUAAUAUCUUCAUUCUGCUUUCGUUUUCUUGUUUCAAGGGAAUGUUUAAAUAACAAAAUAUAAUGUUCAUUUAGCAGAAACAGGGCAUUUCUUUGCCAUGAUACAUUUAAACAGCCAUUUAUUGCUAAUAGUGGGAGUUGAUGGACUGUGGUGGAUAUUGUUGUUCUCAACACAAAAAUCCACUUCUUCAAUCCACUUGGUUGUGUUGUGUGAGCAGUGUUUUUUUAAAUCUCAGAAUUUGUCCAUGUUUAUUUCUGUGGGGAAUGUACACAAAAUGUUGUACAUGAGGACCUGCUUUACAUCCUGUAAAGAAGUCAUGUUACAUAUCUUUAUCAACACUUGAUUAGGGUGUCCUCACGCAAGGCAGCGAGUGCACUAUGCUCUGCUCUCAAAGGUAAAGAGCCGGCCAUUUGUACUAGGUUGUUCUUAGAAUUCAAACUGGAUGAAAGAACUGUGAUUUUUAAAUGCGAGCUGGUGCACAUCCAUCAUCUAUCUCAUUUUUUUGUGUGAAGACAACCACUUUUUCGAAACAUGAAUUUGCAUUUAUUUUGAAUUAAUGUGUCUUCUGAAUUAAUGCGCUCUUUCCCUCUGAAAGCAAUUUUAUUUUUUAUAGGGAAUAAUAAUGAAUGAAUAAUAAUGUGAAGAAAAUAUAUUUUUUUCUUCUUGUCUGCUUUUAACAAGGGCAGUAAGUAUUUCAAAUGAAACUAGGCAGAGUUAAAGUACCUUUAUUACUAGAUAUACAUAUCCACAGAAACAUUGUAACAGAUAGGUAUGUUUUGCUUGUAAAAUAAAUGAAUAUCAGGUCAGA